AAGCGGGGAAUUUGUGCAUAGUUAAAUUUGUGUGUGGGACGUACACAGUUAACCUAAAGGACGGUAACAAACGUGUUUACAGCAGAGUCUGAUCCCAAGUCCUAAACAGUGAAGAUGAACAGAACAUUAGUUGGGGUGUUUGCCCUGGUGGCUUGCUUUGCAGCUGUGCACACACUGCAGUGUUACAAAUGUGAUAUUGGAUUGUUUGGUCUUUGCAUAACCUCCACAAUAAACUGUUCACAAGGAGACAGUUGCUUCAGUUCCACUGGAACCCCAAGUGCAGUUAGCUUCGUGAAAAUCACUGAAAAAGGCUGUCGUGCCAGUUUGCUAUGCAGUUCAACAAAUAUCACCACUGACAGUGUUCUGUAUAACAGUAUGAACUACACUGUCACCUAUACCUGCUGUACUGGAGAGCUAUGCAAUGGUGGAACAACACUGGCCUUCUCCACGCUAACAGCCAUUGUAAUGGCUACUGUUUGGUUUGGACUCUUGUAAUCUCUUCCUUUCAGUGAAAUCCUGUAACCUUUACUAUGCACUUUGCCUUUGGAAACAACUAUGGUUUUUAAUGUGAUCAGACUGCAGCUGUUCAAACCUAGCUUUUAUUAAAUUCAUAUUUUUUUGCAUUUUUACAAACCCUGGCAUAGUAGUCAGAAUCCUUACAUUAGAGCCCACAAAUAACCCAGACUUGCAGGUGCUGAUCCAGAAGACCUUGGCCACUGUGUGGCUAUUUCCUACAGUGAGGUUUGCUUGUCUUUCUAUUGAUGACCAGUCUUUUGGUCAGUUGAAAGCAGUUUCACUAAACUCAUGACUAGUGACAAUGAGUGGUUUAGUAAUGCUUUUUGAAAUUCAUCUGGUACAAGGUUUCCACUUUCUUGGCAGUGGAAGAGGUGCAUGAAGGGGAUAUGGUUUUUAAAUUUUAUAACUUGAUCACUUGCAUAAUUUUAAUUCUUGGGCAACUUGUAAACAGAAGGUAUAAUAUGUUCAAAUAAAAUUUGUUGAAGUGUGAA